GGGUCCGUUUCCAUGGACACCCUUUUCUUCUUCCGACGUCUCAACACCCAGUCACACGAUCACCGUAUCGGGUACCGUUCAAGGCUUCAUUCGCUGAGCGGCCCGGGCAUCGAGCCCGCCGGCCCUCGCCCAACCUAACCUACCAUUACCAUUACUCUCAUGUCGCACAGUCGCUCCUCCCCAUCACUUGCUCUUGACGAUGAGGAGCGGCUCCCCGCCUCCCCUCCACCAUCAACAACAGACAACGAGCGUCCAAGCGGCGAUUCUACUCGGAUUGCCCCCCGCCCCUCAUCUUCGUCGUCGGCCUCCAAAGGCGGUUUCGCCCAAUGGGCGACGUCUUCGUCUCAGGUUCAGCCCUCGGACGUUCCUCCUGCCAAGUCUAGAAUCAGGCCACAGCGGAGCCGAAAUGCCACAGGCACGACGACCGCCACUGCUAGCACCGAAGACUCUGUCGGUUCGAGCGAUGAGGACAGCGAUGAGCUCGACGACGACGAGUCCAGGCAUGAGCGUGGCAUGUCCACCUCCAGCGUCACAAUACCUCCUGAUCAACAAUUGUCGCGCAGUGAUCUUGUGUAUGUCCUCGAGGUUGUUCAGCAGCCACAACGCGCACGGGCCUGCGGAUUCGGAGAUAAAGAUCGACGGCCGUUAUCACCGCCACCCAUCAUCCAGCUGCGCAUCUUUGACAAAUUGGGCAACGCCAUCAAACCACACGCUAUUGAUGUGCAUCGAUUCAUCCUCAUGGUGGAUCUCUGGAACGGUGAUCGCACACAACAGCGCUCAAUCGUAAUGCAUCCUGGUGCACGACCGGACCAGUACGCCUUGUUCACACACACAGCGUCUCGCACAGCCUCCACCCACCGGUAUGACGCGCCACAUUCGACAUUCAAUCGCGCACCACACCGCUCCAUGACGGGACCCGCGCCUGGACCAUACGCUUGGCCAUCCUACGGCCGCCCGUCACUCUCGCCCUCGCCAUCAUAUCACUCGCAACCACUCCCUUCCUACCCGCCGACGCCAGGAUCCGGAUCCGUUCCCGGCUGGCCACCACCUGGACACCCCGAGCACCCAAUGGCUUCGCCUGCUUGGGUCGGCGCCUAUUCUCUUCCACCGGAGGAGUAUGAUCAUCAUCGGUCGCCUCCUCCGCCGCGCAGGCGGCCGAUGCCUGGCGAAAUGCGGCCGCCUCCCAUCCACGAUCCCUCUGCCUGGAGCCCAGAAUCGACGAUGGGAGGUCCAGAUUAUAGCAGCGAGCGGCAUGCUUCCAGCAGCUGGUCGUCGUAUCGGCCAGCAACCAGCUCAGCAGACAGCGGAUGGGGCCGAGAGCCAUCCUAUCGCGAACCACGUCCGCACACUUCUGGAUUUGGCGAGUGGGACAGAGGGAGCGUCGGGCCUCCGGGAGCACGGCCAUGGUCGUCGACGGCCAGCGACCCACACCGCCCUUGGUCGUCUCAUGGGUCACUGUACACUCACGCGCCUUCUCCCGUGACCCAGCAGUCGUCCCUUCCACUUACAGCGUCGCCGGUCUCCACCCCUUCCCAAUUGUAUCCCGAGACACCCUAUCCCGAGCGUUUGUCGACAACCUCUUACUAUUCGCGAGUCUUGGUCGGAUCAAUGGGUGCCGUCUGCCAGCGCCUCAAGGAUCUCAACGGCGAUCCUGGACUAUUUUUCUUUGCACACGAUCUUGGUAUUCGCACGGAAGGCACUUUCUCACUUCGCUUCACUCUGGUUGACCUUACCUCCAGCCUCGCUGGUCCCGAGGUUCACAAGGAUGACUCGACCGAAAUUUUGGCGAGAAUAUUCAGCGACGCGUUCACUGUCUACUCAGCCAAGCGAUUCCCUGGUGUCCUGCCAACCACGGAAUUGACACAAUGUUUUGCUGACCAGAGUGUUCGCCUGCCCACUCGCCAAAAACGGGCGAUUGCAGGCAUAGGAUCCUCAUCCAAGCGCAAGAAGUAAAAUACGCCCUCCUUCCUCUGUCUAUUUUCCACGCUCGAGCUCGCCACAUACAUGUGUCAUUGGCGACUCGCCACCAAUUGCAUCAAUCACAUAUGGCUCAACGCCAUUCUCCACUGUACCACUGCACCUGCCGCGGCCUCCCGGACUCGCGGCUCCACCCUCAUGCAUACAUGCUCAUCCACCCGAACAGUGCUAUCC